UUUUUUUUUACACGUUAUUAAACGAACAUCAUGGCUCAAGCAUCCAACAGAGAUUUGACUGAACUUAUUAUGCGUCCCAAUACUGGCACAGUUGGUAAACAAGUACGUGUACGAAGCAAUUUCUUUGAAAUGACAAGUCUUCCAGCUCAAAAUAUACAACGCUUGAAUAUUCAAUUCCUACCGGAGGGUACAUCUCUACCUGUUCGAAGAAAGUUGUGGAAAUGUUUUGAAGAUAGUCCCAAAGGUCGAGCUUUCCUCAACAAGAUCAAACCGGUCUUUGAUGGUCGUGCAAAUCUCUUUUCUCCAAAACCUCUAAAGUGUGGUGAUGACAAUCUUGGUAUUUCUUUUGAAGUCAACCUUCAACAAGGAAAUCGUUCUAGAGGUGUUUUCAAGUUAAAAAUCAAGCCUGUAGGUGUAAUCAACAUGGGUGAAUUACAAUUACUUUUGGAUGGAAAGUCUCUUAUUACCAGCAACUGUUUGAUGGCCAUUAGGGUCCUUGAGACAUUGUUUCAUCACUCUCCAUACAUGCAUUAUACAACGAUGGGUCGAUCCUUUUAUACUCUCCAAGGUAAACGUCCUUUACGCAAUGGUGCUGAAGUAUGGCAAGGCUUCAAUCAAUACGCUCGCCCUACUCAAGGCAAAAUGAUGGUCAAUAUUGGUGUUAGCUCCAUCGCUUUCUAUCAACCUGGCCCUCUUCAUGAAAUGUUACCCAAACUACUUGGCCGCCGCAGUCUUGGUGAACUUCGUCGUGGUAUUCCUGAUUCUGAACGCAUCAAGGUCGAAAAAAUACUCAAGAAUCUCGAGGCUGUUGUUGUCCAUCGUGGUGCUGAAAAACGAUUGAAGUACAAGAUUAACAAGCUCACUCCUACCUCUGCUGAAAACACUGUAUUCAAGGAUGAUACUGGAAAUGAAGUGACCGUUGCUCAACACUUUCAAAACACUUACAACAGACAUUUGGCCUUCCCUUUCUUACCCUGUAUUGUUGUCAAGAAGAAUACCUUUUUGCCUAUGGAAGUUUGUGAAGUAGUUUCUGGUCAAUGCCCUGUAGAGACACCGAGUGACUAUCAAAAAGGUGAAAUGAUCAAGUUUACUUGGAAUACACCCAAUGUGCGUGCCAACUUGAUCAAUCAAGGUUUCAACGUACUCGACUACAAGGACGAUCCGUAUAUUCAACAAUUUGGUGUCAGCGUCAAGCCUGAUAUGACCAUGGUCAAUGCUCGUGUUCUUCCGGCUCCAAAGAUCUCUUAUCAUGCUUCAGCUAGUUUUACUCCUGUCGGUGGUACUUGGAGUCUCCGUGGUAAGAAAUUCGCAAACGGUGCCACCUUGGAAUCCUGGUCUGUUGUCAAUUUUGCAAGCAGUAUCAAUGAUGGUUCGGUACGAUUUUUUAUUCGUGAACUAGGUCAAAUGUUCAUUGAUAAAGGUUUGGUAAGUUGGUUUCUUUUUUUAUUUAUUUAUUUAUUUCAAGAAAAGAAGAAAACAUGGUUUAUACUAAUCUUUCACCUAUUAUUAUUUCUUUUAUGA